GCCCAGCGUGUCACAACCGCGCAGGCGGCGGUAUCUGGAGCAGUCGGGGCGGGCAGGCCCACGAGCGAGACGAGCGGGCGAGGACAGCGGCCGCGAUGCGGGAAUGCAUUUCAGUGCACGUGGGUCAAGCUGGAGUUCAGAUUGGCAAUGCCUGCUGGGAGCUCUUCUGCUUGGAGCAUGGCAUCCAGGCGGACGGCACUUUUGGUGCUCAGGCCAGCAAGGUCAACAAUGAUGACUCCUUCACCACCUUCUUCAGUGAGACGGGCAAUGGGAAGCAUGUGCCCCGAGCUGUCAUGGUAGACCUGGAACCUUCCGUCGUAGAUGAAGUUCGAGCAGGAACCUACCGGCAGCUCUUCCAUCCAGAGCAACUGAUCACAGGAAAGGAGGAUGCUGCCAACAACUAUGCCCGCGGUCACUACACAGUGGGCAAGGAGAGCAUUGAUCUGGUGCUGGACCGCAUACGCAAGCUGACAGAUGCUUGCUCUGGCUUGCAGGGCUUCCUGAUCUUCCACAGUUUCGGUGGUGGCACUGGCUCAGGCUUCACGUCUUUGCUGAUGGAGCGCCUCUCCCUUGAUUAUGGCAAGAAGUCCAAGCUGGAGUUUGCUAUCUACCCAGCACCCCAGGUCUCCACUGCAGUGGUGGAGCCCUACAACUCCAUCCUGACCACCCACACCACCCUGGAGCACUCAGAUUGUGCUUUUAUGGUGGACAAUGAGGCCAUCUAUGACAUCUGCCGCCGAAACCUGGACAUCGAGCGCCCCACCUACACCAACCUCAACCGCCUCAUCAGCCAGAUCGUGUCCUCCAUCACGGCCUCCCUCCGCUUUGAUGGAGCCCUCAACGUGGACCUCACUGAGUUCCAGACCAACCUGGUGCCCUACCCCCGCAUCCACUUCCCACUGGUCACCUAUGCACCCAUCAUAUCUGCUGAGAAGGCCUACCACGAGCAGCUCUCGGUGGCUGAGAUCACCAGCUCCUGCUUUGAGCCCAACAGCCAGAUGGUGAAGUGUGAUCCAAGACAUGGCAAAUACAUGGCCUGCUGCAUGCUGUACCGGGGGGACGUGGUGCCCAAAGAUGUGAAUGUUGCUAUUGCCGCCAUCAAGACCAAGAGGACCAUCCAGUUUGUUGACUGGUGUCCCACAGGCUUCAAGGUGGGCAUCAAUUACCAGCCACCCACUGUGGUGCCAGGAGGGGAUCUGGCCAAAGUCCAGAGGGCUGUCUGCAUGCUGAGCAACACCACUGCAAUUGCAGAAGCCUGGGCCCGCCUUGACCACAAGUUUGAUCUAAUGUAUGCCAAGCGGGCCUUUGUGCAUUGGUAUGUUGGAGAAGGGAUGGAAGAAGGAGAAUUUUCUGAGGCCAGAGAGGACCUGGCUGCCCUGGAGAAGGAUUAUGAAGAAGUGGGGACUGAUUCAUUUGAAGAAGAAAAUGAGGGGGAGGAAUUUUAAAUAUACAUGUUCCCCUUGA